UCUGAUUCCAGUACAGCUGGAGAACACGCUGGGUGUGAUUUCAGUUCUCUUCAGUGUGUUCACACCUGUCUUAGGGCCCAGGAGACAGCUCUCCCAGGUGACUGGCUGGAACUGCGGGUCCUGGUUGAUGGUGUCCUCAGACCUGUGUGCUUGCUGCACUUGUCUGCCUUGUUUUUUAAGCAGGCUUCACACCCAGCGUGGAGCCCGAUGCAGGGCUCGAACUCACGACCCUAAGAUCAAGACCCAAGCUGAGGCCGAGAGCCGGUUGCUUCACCGACUGAGCCCCUGUCUGCCUUCUAUAACCGAAAGCUGAGAGGGGCAGCGAAGGCUCCAGCUGCAGCUGGGAACAGGAAGCCCUGUGCCCGCGCCGUCGGGGCUCGCGGCCCACUUCGCCGUGCGACUGCCCAGCCCGGUAAAGAGCGGAGCCCUCUCCCCGCCCAGCCAGGACGCCCCGCCGAGGUGGCCAGGCCGUCAGCAAGGACAUGCUGCCUCAGCGCCUCCUGCUGCCCACCCUGCUGGGUCUGCUCUCCCUCUGUUCUGCCCUCGGCCAGAAGUGCAUCAAGUACAAAGUCAGCAACUGCCGGGACUGUGUGGAGUCGGGCCCAGGCUGCGCCUGGUGCCAGAAGCUGAACUUCACUGGUCUAGGGGAGCCGGACUCCGUUCGCUGUGAUACCCGGGAGCAGCUGCUACUGAAGGGAUGUGCGGCCGAUGACAUCAUGGACCCCAGGAGCCUGGCCGAACCCCAGUACGACCAGGAGGGCGGCCAGAAGCAACUGUUCCCCCAGAAAGUGACACUCUACCUGAGACCAGGUCAGGCGGCUGCCUUCAACGUGACUUUCCGGCGGGCCAAGGGCUACCCCAUCGACCUGUACUACCUGAUGGACCUCUCCUACUCCAUGCUGGACGACCUCAUCAACGUCAAGAAGCUGGGGGGCGACCUGCUCCGGGCUCUCAACGAGAUCACCGAGUCCGGCCGCAUCGGCUUCGGGUCCUUCGUGGACAAGACAGUGCUCCCCUUCGUGAACACGCACCCCGAGAAACUGAGGAACCCGUGCCCCAACAAGGAGAAGGAGUGCCAGGCGCCCUUCGCCUUCAGGCACGUGCUGAAGCUCACCAACAACUCCAACCAGUUCCAGACGGAGGUGGGGAAGCAGCUCAUCUCCGGGAACCUGGACGCCCCUGAGGGCGGGCUGGACGCCAUGAUGCAAGUGGCCGCGUGCCCGGAGGAAAUCGGCUGGCGCAAUGUCACGCGGCUGCUGGUGUUCGCCACAGACGACGGCUUCCAUUUUGCGGGUGACGGGAAGCUGGGCGCCAUCCUGACCCCCAACGACGGCCGCUGUCACCUGGAGGACAACUUGUACAAAAGGAGCAAUGAAUUCGACUACCCGUCAGUGGGCCAGCUGGCUCACAAACUGGCUGAAAGUAACAUCCAGCCCAUCUUCGCCGUCACCAAGAGGAUGGUGAAAACCUACGAGAAACUCACGGAGGUCAUCCCCAAGUCGGCGGUGGGGGAGCUGUCGGAGGACUCCAGCAACGUGGUGCAGCUCAUUAAGAACGCCUACAACAAACUCUCCUCCAGGGUCUUUCUGGAUCACAACGCUCUUCCCAACACCCUGAAAGUCACCUACGACUCCUUCUGCAGUAAUGGGGUCUCACAGGUGGACCAGCCCAGAGGGGACUGCGACGGAGUCCAGAUCAACGUCCCGAUCACCUUCCAGGUGAAGGUCACGGCCACAGAGUGCAUCCAGGAGCAGUCCUUCGUCAUCCGGGCACUGGGCUUCACGGACACGGUGACCGUGCGCGUCCUUCCGCAGUGCGAGUGCCGGUGCCGGGCCCUGAGCCGGGAGCGCGGCCUCUGCGGCGGCAAGGGCUCCAUGGAGUGCGGCGUCUGCAGGUGCGGCGCGCGGGCAGGGGCGGGGCCGGCUGACGGGGCUCUGCUCCCCCGCAGCUCCUGCGCCCAGUGCCUGACCUUUGAGCAGAGCCAGUCGGGCACGAACUGCAGCGAGGUGUGCCGGAACGUGGGCGUGCUGACCCUCCCCCCGGAGAAGGGGCGCAGGUGCAAGGAGCGCGACCUGGACGGCUGCUGGAUCACAUACACGCUGCAGCAGCGGGUCGGCAGGGACAGCUACGACAUUUACGUGGAUGGCCGCCGAGAGUGUGUGACGGGCCCCCAAGUGGCCCCCAUCGUGGGGGGCAUCGUGGCAGGGGUCGUGCUCAUCGGCGUGGUCCUGCUGGGCAUCUGGAAGCUUCUGACCCACGUCAGUGACCUCAGGGAGUACAGGCGAUUUGAGAAGGAGAAGCUGAAGUCCCAGUGGAACAACGACAACCCCCUUUUCAAGAGCGCCACCACGACUGUCAUGAACCCCAAGUUUGCUGACAGCUAGGAGCACUGGGUGAAGACAGCGGCCGCCAGAACCGACCGGAUGGGCCCGCCCCCACGCCACGCCUCCUCCCUCGGAUGGGCCCGCCCCCCACGCCACGCCUCCUCCCUCGGAUGGGCCCGCCCCCCACGCCACGCCUCCUCCCUCGGAUGGGCCCGCCUCCCACGCCACGCCUCCUCCCUCCGGCUCCUCCACGGACGUGGCUGACGAUGCUUGACUGUUUCUCUCGUUAACCAAAAAUCCACUGUUAGCUCUGCUCUCAAAAUAACAGAUGAGGCCCGGUGACAGCAUGGGCCCCACCGGAAGCAGCAGGUCUGAUGUGUCUGACCUCUCCGGUAGAGACUUGAAGAAGGAGUUGCUCGGGCCUUAUGAGGUUGGGUACGAUUUCCUGUGUAAAAAUGAGAGCGGCAGCCUCAUUAAACGCAGCACACAUUUAUUUAUAUUUGAACUUCUCAGGGUUCACGUUGAGUGUACUGGUUUUCAGAUUUCCUGUGUGUAGAAACAAUUAAAAACCUCAGAAGAG